AUGAGUGCCGGCACAGCAGUCAGCAUUCAGCCAGUUGAUACACCGCUCACAGCAUCGGCGAUCUUUCUGGUCCUAACUAUUAGGAAUGCCGACGAAGACUCCUUGCAAAAUAUCCGCUCAAUAUUAGCGGGCAUUGGCGGUCUCUCAAAGAAUGUGGCUAUUCGCGAUCCAAACGCUGCCUUUGCAUGCACCGCAGCCAUCGGCGCUGAUAUCUGGGAUCUCCUCACCGGUCUUCCACGGCCGGCAGAGCUACAUCCAUUUCGCGAAAUAAAGGGAAAGAAGCAUGUUGCUAUCUCCACGCCCGGUGACCUAUUAUUUCACAUACGCUCAGAGCGCCGGGACUUGUGUUUCGAAUUCGAACGACAGCUACUAGAUCAAUUCGGGGAUAUGGUCGAAGUAGUCGAUGAAACCAAUGGUUUCCGCUAUUUUGACUUGCGCGACCUCCUUGGGUUUGUGGAUGGCACAGCCAACCCCGUGGGGCCCAAUGUGCACCCUGCGAUCCUCGUUGCGGAGGAAGAUGAUGCACAAAACGUUGGAGGCAGUUAUAUAGUCAUUCAAAAGUACUUGCAUGACCUUACGGCCUGGAAGAAACUUUCUACGGAGCAGCAGGAAGCGAUCAUCGGCCGGACCAAGUUCGACAAUAUAGAGCUGGAUGAUGCGGGAGCAAACCAACAGAAAGCACACAAGACGCUGACCACCAUCGAGGAUGAAGAUGGCAACGAGCAGAGUAUUGUGCGAGACAAUAUGCCCUUUGGGUCUCCCGCAUCCGGCGAGUUCGGUACGUACUUUAUUGGCUACUCCAGGCGUCUGUGGGUGAUUGAGCGCAUGCUGGAGAAUAUGUUUAUUGGGAAUCCUCCAGGCUUGCAUGAUCGGAUUCUGGACUUCUCGCGGCCAGUGACCGGCACUGCUUUCUUUGCGCCCUCUGCAAGUGUACUUAGUAAAUUAGGCUAG